CAUGCCAACCAUCUUCAAUAGUAUUUAAAUCCUUAGGAUCUAUUUUAUGUUUAAUAAGCUAUGGGGAUUGAUUAAUUAGAAUUCCAAAUCCUUCAUAAAGAUUAUUGAACCAUUCACCAGAAUAAACUUCUUAAUUUUCAGUAUUGAAUAGAACUCCCAUACCAUGUCUUUAUGAAGGUGGAAUUCCUUAACCUCUAUAAACACAGCCAUCUUCAUAUUUAAGAUAUAACUCUAAAUAAAGUUGAGUAGAAAUACCUUCUAAUCUUUAUUUGUAAUGAGUAUUACGAGUUCGUUGACCUACUUCUAAGAUGGCACUGGCUUUCAUGAUAUCUUAAUUAUAUGGUAUUUGAAUAGAUUCUCUCAUUUGUU